GCUCACCACGGGCCCUCACGCCCGCUCCACUGCUCCACCGCCACCGACGCCGGAAUGAAGCCCGUGCCCGCCGACGCCCCGGUGCCGGCGACCAAGAUCGCCAUGCCCGGUUCGGCGGCAGCCGGCGCCGAGGCGGCGCUCCUCGGGAAGGGCCGCAAGGUCUGGGUCUUGGCCGCCAUCGCGCUGCUCGCGCUCUGGUCCAUGUCCGCCGCCUCCGUCUCCCUCCGCUGGUCCUCCUCGGGCGACCUCGCCGCCUUCUCCGGGGACCUGGACGUCCCGCUCCUUGACGACCUCGACUCCCUCGAGAUGGAGGAGAGGGAGAAAUUAGUGGGUCGAAUGUGGGACAUGUACACACGCACCAGUGAUGAGGUACGGCUUCCACGGUUCUGGCAGGAGGCGUUUGAGGCUGCAUAUGAGGAACUUGCUGGCGAUGAUACGCAGGUCCGUGAUGCAGCUAUCUCUGAGAUUGCCCGAAUGUCAGCUCACAAACUUGAGCUUGAACAGACAGUGAAUGAGAAUGAGGAAGAGAAUGCAGCAAGCAACAGAGGUGGUAGGUCAAUGGGGAAGUAGUAGCUUCGCAAACACCCUGCAGCCUGAGAACCACACCCUGCAGCCUGAGAACCUGAAGAUCUCUUGCUGACUAAGAUCAUCAGCAGCUGAAAUUAGGGGUUUUGAUGUAUACUAGUUUACAGCAACAAAGGUGCAUUUCUGGCACUGUGUAACGUUAGUUACUCCCGCUUAUGUUUGAUGACAGGCAGGGCAAAAGGCUUGUCAUUGCUGUAAAGUAACCUUCCCAGUGAAGAUAUUCCCGUAUCUCAGGCUUCCUUAGCCACUGUUUAUGUUGCUUCUAUAAUUCUAUUUGCGUUGGUUGAGUCGUUCCAAGA